ACGUCUCAUAGCGUAAACGCCGUACGAUUGACCGAAUCCUGCAAUUAUGUCUCUGGAACUGAGCGUCGUGACCAAAGAUGAACUCCGCGAUGUUGUGGAAAUGCUCUUCUCCGCGUACGCCGGGUCAUCCGCGUUUGUGAACGCCGUAUACCCCCACAAGAUCACCCAAGACGGUAUCGAAGGACUCGAUAUGGUCGUAGCUCGUCUGCAGUAUCUAAUCGACAUUGAUCCGAGUGUUAGGUGGUACAAAGUCACCGACUCCAGCACCGGCGAAAUCGUUUCUGCGUCCCAGUGGAAUGUAUACGACAAGGAAAAGCCCCCGGAGAUGCUGCUUGACGGACCGCCAGGGUCAUGGGCGACUGAAGAGGAUAGGAAGUAUGCUAUUGAGAUGUUCGAGUCCUUCAUCCUGCCAAGAUACGCCAGAUUCCGACAGGUUGACCUACCAAUCAUCUGCUUGAAUAUCAUGGGGACCGCGAAGAAGUACCAACACAAAGGCGCAGCAACACUGCAAGUCAAAAAAUUCACUAAGCUUGCCGACAAGAUCAACGCGGUCAUGACGACCGAAUCGACUACUGCGGCCCGAUGGUUGUACGAAAAGAACGGAUUUGCAUCGGCGAAGGAGCCGGGCGAUUGGACCAUUGAGGCAAAGUCACCAGAGUUCGUACAUCGGCCAAAGGAGUAUCUAUUUUUCAUGGAGCGCCCCAGAGUGAACUAG